CCUGGAUGGAUAUUUUCUGCCGAUUUUGACCUAUAAUAUAUAGUACCGUCGCCGGACCUCCGUUUGCGACGACGCUUUUACUUAUGUCUUAAUGAUCAGGCAACGUCAACAUUUUUCUUGACAGGAGGAUGUUAAAAUUACCGAAGAAGAUGCGAAGAAAAUGGCUGGCAGCCUGGCUGUAUGUUAUGUAAUGUAUAUUUCCAGACUAUUAAAUAUGAAAUCCUUCUAUAGAACUAUAGAACUAUAGAUAAUUAUUCAUUUGCAGAUAGUACUGUACGUCAAUGAAUGAAUGUUUAUUGAAAUUUCUAAUCAAAACGUCUUGAAUAAAAAUGACUUCUUAGCUAUUAGAAAUUAUAAAAAUUCUUAUAGCUUGUAUACACCACAUACAGAUCAGUGGCUAAUAAUAGAAAACGUACCUGCGUUCCCGGUUUCCCAAUCCUACCUAUCUUUUGGCUACUGAAAUCACUGACCCUAAUCUUUUGAUCUGAAGUUUGCAAAGAGCUUGGCGCAAUUGUUCGCACCCAUUUCGUGGCGUUAGUUUCGUACUGGCUAAAUAAAGUUUAGCCUGUUUGUUUGAGUUCUAUAUAUAAAGUGUGUUGAUAUAAUAUUUAACAAAUAUUUGUACUAUGUUUGCUACCGUAAUUGACCUGGAAUAGCAUUCUCAUGCGUGAAAAAUUAUAAAAAAUAAUUAAAAAAGAAAAGAAGACCCGAGUUUUUGCAAGAAGAAUAGGAAACCCAGGUACUUUUUGGCUGUUUGUUGUGAAAAUUCCUUCCCUUAAUCCUUAUUCCCUUCGCUACAAUCUUGGACAUAACUGGUUGAGACUAUUUUUGCCCCUAUAGAAAAUUCACAUAAUUUUAUGAUAAACUCCAUGUUGAAUCAUGUUGCUCUUCUUAAACCCCCGCUCCCCCAACUCAAUGUUGAGCUUGUGUCAUGGUACUGUUGUAUAUUACCAAAAGUUGUUUCGGCGUUGUUCACCUGCAACAUUGAACUGGGGAACUUUGACAAAACAAAUUUUGUUACCGAAUGGUCUCAAGGGUUUUGUUCAAGAUUGUAGCUUUGUCAUUUUGAUUGGUCCCAGGGCCUGGACGAUCUGGACUCAGACUUGCUCGGCUCUCUGGGCAGAAAGAAAGUUACCUCGCCAAGAAAUAAACCUGGCAAAGAUUCAGACACGCAGGACAAACAUCCUGAUGUGAGACGAAGAACCUCGUCAGGAUCGUUGCAUCGCAAAGGAUCUGUUACUCCUUUUAGUGGUACGUCAAUCAUUAGUAGAUAUCAAGAUUUUGUAGGCAUCUCACUCGAUUGAAAAAUAGUUGGAAAGUUAUCGAGUGGAAAUUUAUACAGAGACGGAUUUUCAUAUUUUCGUUCGGGGGGUGGAUAAAUAUCUGGGGGGGUGCUGCUGCUUGCUUUGGCCGGGGCGUGGUGGCAACGCCGGGAAAGGCCAAAGAAAAAGUUUAACAAAAUUUGUUUUCUAGGCCUGCAUGGCGAGAUCUGAGACCAUAAUAUUGGUAAUUUUACAAAUUUAGUAGUAAGAAUAAUCAAAUAUGAAACUAUCAAAUCAAAAUAUAUGUAAUUUGCGGGGGUGCCAAAUGCCUUUGGGGGGGGGUGCAAAUAAUUUCUGGGGGGGUGCGCACCCCCCCGCACCCCCAUAGAAAAUCCGUGCCUGAAUUUAAACACAUUCAUUUAACCUAACCAGAAACAGUUGCGAAAAAUGUAACUAUAGGUUCUUGGCAGGGGUUCCUGGUUAGGUCUAUUAAAUGUAUAUAAAUUUCCACUCGAUAAUUUCCAUCUACAAAACCCUCCAACUAUUAUUCAAUCGAGUUAGAUGCCAACAAAAUCUUGAUAUUUACUCAUAACCUAAACAUACAUGGCAGUGCCCUAGCAUGCAUACUGUAUAUACAUGAACUUGUGAUUAGAGCUCGACAACUGGUUUCUGUAGCUUAGUUGGUUGGAGCGCUGCACCGGAAUCUUAAAGUUCUGCAUUUGAUUGUAUUCUCAAACAAAACAGUAUUGUUUUGCCCAGUUCGUAGGCUAUACCUGCAUGGUUUUGGGAGCGUAAAAUGCAAGGGGAUGAUCUCCCUUCUUCAUUUGAAUCGUAUAUAUUUUUUCAUCCAAUUCAAUUUUCGUAAUUUUGGACGACAUGCAGUUAGUGUUUCAACUCUUUUAAUGAAUUCUCCUGACAUAUGUAAAAAUAUUAAUUCAUAUUCAUAUUAAUUCUGACACUGCAGUCUCGAACCUCUAAUAAAUUGUUGUCUCGAGCGGGUAUGUAAUUAAAAUCGUGGUGGAGAUAACGCUUUUUCUGUACAUUUUUGUGAACUUUUUGUGAACAGAAGAAGAUGAAAUUGGUGUUCUGGACAACAAUCUGAUGCUAAGUGAUAAUGAUGAUAAUGAUGAUGUUUUGAACAGUAGUAUGAACAGUACUACAUCAAAACAUCGCAAAGUCUCACCUAAUAAGAUCUCACCAAGAGUUAACUUAGAAAAUAUGCCUGAAGGAGGUAAGUCCUGCAAUAGACAGUUGUCUCAAUGUGGUUUAAUGGAUUGUUAAACUACUGAUGGAGCUUUCCAGUAGAAAUAAGUUAAUUCAGGUUUAUUUCAUUUAUAUUCUUUAUUGGUUUUAAGAUACGAAAUCCAAGAAACCAGAAAAGGCCUCAAGAUCGAAAGAAGUCGACUUUGAUUCGGAUUCUGAUCUUCCUGGCUUGGACAAUAAAGAAGCUGAGUCAGCAGUUAAGAAAAAACCAUCAUCUAAACGUAGAAAAGCGAAGAAAUCAGAUCAUGGAGAUCUGUUCGGAGACGAUGAUGAUCUACCUGGUAAAUAUAGUUUUCACCAGUUCAUUUCUCCCAAUAUGUGUCUACUUUGAUCAUACGCAGCCAUUUUAUUUAUUAAUUUAACUUUGCCAAAGACCAUGGUAUACAUAUUACAUUAUAAUAUAGUCAUCCACCGUAUAUGAGCUGUUCUGCAAUCUGAUUGGUUGAAUUACUCGCCGUAUAUCAGCUCAUAUACGGCGAGUAGCGAAAAACAAGAUGGCGGUCCAAAAACUACAUGAGAGUUUGCGAAGCAGAAAAAGGAAAAUAUUCGCUUUGAGAAACAUAAUAGUGCAAGGAAAAACUCUCAAAAAAAAUUUGACAGGUUAGCAAAAUACAUUUAUUACGUAAAAAUUAGUUUAAAUACAAGUUUUUUAAAGAAUUAAUACCGAAACAACAGCGAAAAAACAUGUUCAUUGAGAAUAUAAAUUGUUCAGAAAAGUUUGCAAUGAACAACAAAUGAAUUUGCAGUCAACAAGCACUUACUAUAGUACCAAACAUCUGUAUAAUAUAUCUGAGCUUUCCUGUGAGAUAUAGAGGUUCUAAAACCAUUUCUUUCACUUCGUCUUCGAGUUGUAAACAAAAGUAUUUCAAAUUUUCAAGCGGUUUUUGGCCGAACAAAUUGUCAACACAUUGUAACAGUGAAUAAUUAAUUACUGCUUCAGUUAAUGGCAAAAUUAAACUAUAUUAUAAAACAAUUAUACCAUUCGCUCUCGUCGUAUAUGGCUGAUAUACGACGAGAGCGAAUGGUAUAAUUGUUAAUUAUGUGCACAAGUUUUGAAAAUGCCACUGUGUUCCAUGCCAUCCAGGCUUUCAUUGUUUUAACAUAUUUGUGACGUCAUGCAAAAGUGCUACUUUGAGGCAACAUUUAAUUUUUCUGAUAUCUUCGAAAUAUUUCUCUACUAUUAACACAACAUUUGUUAAUCCCCACAGAUCUUGACAGUCCAGCCAAGUCAGGAAAGACCAAGGCUGCGUCUGCAUUGGAUAGUCUGAUGGGCAAGAAAUCAAAGUCUUCUACGCCUGAUACGAAGAAGACAAAACCAGCCACGCUUGAUGACUUUAUGGCCAAAGUUAGCACGACCAGCAAAACGUCGCCGAAAUCAGGUAACAAGUAACACUAAUAAGAAACACGGCAGGUCUACUCUGGCUACUGCGGUCUCGUGUAGUAACAAUCCAUCAAUAAAGGAUGGCCCUUACUGGAUCUGUAGGGAAAACAAUAAAGACUUAUCCAGUAUGAAUGAAGUUAGUGUAGUUUAGGUUCCUUCUGUAGUAACACUGGACCAAUAAGAGAUUAUCUUUUCUGGUCCACUACGGAGAACAGUUUAGAACUUUUUUUUUCUGUGCUGGUGUUGUGUACUCAGGUGAAUAAUAUGUUUGUGAUGUUACUCUGAGUGCAUAUCCACACCGGGCGAGCUUGAAAAAUGCCCGGCCACGGUGGGAUUCGAACCUACGACCUUUGGAAUACUAGCCCAAUGCUCUUCCAACUGAGCUACGCGGUCAGGACGGUUCGAGUAAGUGAUAUUUCGGAACAGUAUCUAGUUCCUUCAAUACCAAUGUGUUCUUGUAAUAUGAAUUUUUUCUGUGCUGGUGUUGUGUACUCAGGUGAAUAAUAUGUUUGUGACGUUACUCUGAGUGCAUAUCCACACCGGGCGAGCUUGAAAAAUUGCCCGGCCACGGUGGGAUUCGAACCUACGACCUUUGGAAUACUAGCCCAAUGCUCUUCCAACUGAGCUACGCGGUCAGGACGGUUCGAGUAAGUGAUAUUUCGGAACAGUAUCUAGUUCCUUCAAUACCAAUGUGUUCUUGUAAUAUGAAUUUUUUCUGUGCUGGUGUUGUGUAGAACUUACAAUUUACUUACAAUUUACAAUUUAUUAAAAAAAACCCGAUCUUGCAGCCAAGAAGCUGAAUUACAACGGUUACAUUUUACAAAGGAAAGGUUUAAGUUAAUUAUACUAUCUAUUACUGCUUAAAAAUACUAAACAUAAUAAAAUAAUUGUAAAGAUAUAAAAUCCUCAGUGACUGCUGCUUUAAUUAUUAGAACUAGCAGCAAUUAUAAAAGACUUUUUAAAUCGUCCGGUCUUACAUUUGGGAAAUUUAAAAGUUCUCGAAGUUCUCAGGGAAUACGCUACGUCAGUAUUCGGAUCUGGUAGGAGUGGGUGCAAUUUGUGAUUUUUAUCUUCCAUUAUUUCUUUGAAGAGUUUGUCGCACGCAAUUUGACGUCUCUCUUCAAGAGUUAGAAGCUUAGAAUGGGAGAGCGCUUCGGCAUAUGAUUUGGUGGGAAAUAUGAUUUUCAUGGCUCGUCGCUGGAUUCGUUCAAUGUCUUUACACAGAUAUAUGGGAAUUCCAUAAUGAAAGACAGGAGAUGCGUAUUCGACAACUGGUCGGAUACAAGUGCAGUAGAAACACAUCGUCUCAGUGGUAGAUACUUUGGCACGUUUCAAUUGUCGCAAAAAGUACAAUCUCUUGGAUGCCUUUUUAACAAUAUUAUCAAUAUGACUAUUCCACUUAAGGUCGCUGCUGAUAGUCAAACCCAAAACUUUACUUUGGAAGACCAAGUCUACCUGUUUACCGUUGAUUGUCAGAAGGGGAGGCUGCUGGUAAUUAGUGUUGUAUCUGCUAAAUUGUAUUCGCAUCUCUUUACAUUUGUUCUCGUUGAGGGUAAAUUUCAGGGUGUUGGAUUGGUUUUGGAUAUCAUCGACCUCAGAUUGAAUAUUACUAUCCCCUCCUCUGGGUAUUACCUCGGCUAAAGUCGUAUCGUCUACGUAUUUCCAGAGGUUGUUACUGACUGUGUUGAGGUCAUUGAUCAUAAGAAUGUAUAACCAAGGACCGAGUUUGGUUCCCUGGGGUACACCUGCCGGGACUAGGGACCAUUCUGAAUAGCAGUCAUUGGCCAACUUUACUCUUUGUUGAUGAUUUGUCAAAAAAUCUCUUACCCAAUUUAUAACACUCGGCGGAACGUCCAGAGAGUGAAGCUUUACCAUAAGUAACUGAUGAUCGAUGAGAUCAAAUGCUUUCCUAAAGUCCAAUAGAACAAGUCUAACUAAGGCCCCGUUGCCAUCAGUGGCUUUAGCAACAUUGUGGACUAUGCUAAUAAGAGCUUGCGUGGUAGAGGAUUUCGGCACUGUUCCAUAUUGGUUAGGAUCCACCACUUUGAGAAUCGCCGGUUUAAUGACCUGUUCAACUACCACUUCCUCGGCUAGUUUUGAGACUAUUGGUGUUAACGAAACGGGCCUUAAAUCCUUGUUUACAGUUCGUACAGGCUGCUGUUUUGGAAUGGGAAUUACAUCUGCGAACUUCCAAGCAGCGGGUAAACGAUUUUCGAGAUAAGAAGAAUUGAGAAUCUUGCAAACGGGACUUGCUAGUACAUCGGCAUUCUCUUUGAGAAGCCAACCAGGAAUAGUAUCUGGGCCAUGAGCCUUCGUAGGUACUAUACUGGAUAAUUUCUCGAAAAUAUACGAUUCUGUGGUGGUAAUUGUAGAUGGUAAUUGGUUACUGGUGCCGGACACGUUUAAGGCUUGGGGGUGGUCAGGAUUUAGAGGUUGGAACAUGUUCAUUGGUUCUAGGAAGGUUUGAUUUAUGGUAUUCGCCAAGUGUGAAAGAGAUGCGUUGCCUUCGUUGGUUUCAUUAGUUUCAUCACCAGUGGGUGACAGGCUUUGAAGAUGUCGGAGAUCAUACUUGUGGUUGACUGGAUCCAUUCCACACAGGUACUUAACAGAUUUCCACCACUGUUUGGGAUCAGAAACUUUAAGUUGACUGACUUUUGAGUCAUAGUAUUUACUCAGGCAUUGUUUUCGUUCCCUAUUGACGCGGUUACGAAGACUUUUAAAUAACUGGUCAUGUCCUUUCGCUAAUGCUUUUUGACGUUGCUCAAUUAAGGAUUUCAAAUGUUUGGUCAUCCAUGGUGGGUCAUCGAGCCGUUUCUUUAUAGUUUUUGUGGGAAGGAGAAUGUCCAUCCCAAACCGAAUAAUUGAUUCAAAAGCAGACCAUUUUUCAUCACAUGACGAAUGGGAAUCAAGGAUUGACCAGUCAAAUUCAGUAAUGAAGGUGCUGAUAGCUGCUUUGUUUCUCGGGUGUUGAUUGCGAACUUGGGAAAUAUCAUAUUUUGUUCUUCCUGCAACCUUGUGUUUAGGGGUCGAAAGGAUAGUAAAAUGGUCGGAGAGACCAAAAGGUGGAAGUUUAACUGGCGGGAGGUAAAAUUUAGCCAAGUUAGUUAGAAUUAAAUCAAGGGUUCUCCUUCCACGAGUCGGGAAUUUAACCAAUUGUUUUAGACUGAAGUGGUUAUUUAGACGAUGACAAUUAGGAUUAUUAAAGUCUCCAAGUAGAAUAAGACCACAAUUGUAAUAAGUUGAUUCGAUAAGGGACAAUUGUUCAGUUAGGAAGUCAAUCAUAUUUCUAUCAUUUGCUGAGGGUGGAUGGUAAAUUGAACCAAUGAUAAUGCAAGAUAGGCCCCAGUAUAAAUACUGUAAAGUUAGUUUAGUUUAGGUUUCCUCCUGUAGUAACACUGGAUCAAUAUGGGAUGACUCUCACUGGACCACUAUGGAGAACAGUUUAGAACUGAUAGAGUUAUCCAGUAUAAAUAAAGUUAGUUUAGUUUAGGUUUCCUCCUGUAGUAACACUGGACCAAUAUGGGAUGACUCUCACUGGACCACUACGGAGAACAGUAUAGAACUGAUAGAGCUAUCCAGUAUAAAUAAAGUUAGUUUAGUUUAGGUUUCCUCUUGUAGUAACACUGGAUCAAUAAGAUAUGAUCCUUACUGAAUCUCUAGGAAGAACAGUUUAGAACUGAUAGAGCCAUCCAGUAUAAAUAAAGUUAGUUUAGUUUAGGUUUCCUCCUGUAGUAACACUGGACCAAUAUGAGAUGAUCCUUGCUGGAUCUCUAGGAAGAACAGUUUAAAACUGAUAGAGCUAUCCAGUAUAAAUAAAGUUGGUUUUAGUUUAUGUUCCUUCUGUAGUAACAACGGAUCAAUAAGGAUGACUCUUACUAGACGUCUAGGAAAAACAGUUAGAGUUAUCCAUUAGGCGUGUUCCUGUAGUAACACUGGAGCAAUACAUAUGGCCCUUACUGGACGUCUGGGGAAAACAGUUAGAUAUAUAGUAGACAUAAAGUUUAGGAAAACUUUUGAAUAUGACUAUCUCAUCAUUGCUAUAGAAAUCCAAAGUCCAGUGCGAAGUCCAUCUUCAGAAGAGACAUUCCAGUUCGGAGGUUACAUGCCAAGCUCAGCUGGCAGAAAAUCCAGGGGAAACACUCGACCAGACUCAGAGACGGGUCGCAGAUCUGUGAAAUUUUCUGAUGGUCUAGGACUUGAUGAUGAUAUGUUUAGUUCAAAGAAACGUCCUUCCACUGCACCUGGUAGUCGAAGGAAGAAAGACGAACCGAAAGAUCCACUCAAUAACACGUUUACAGCUUCUUCGAAUAAAGGUAAUUUUAAAUUAAUUGAGAAGCAAUUUUUUCUAGAGGGUGUAUAUAAAAAAGUAAUCCAAAUUAAGCGUGCUCUUGUGCGCUCAAAUAUUGAGUGCAGGGCCGCCGCGAGGGGCAGGGGGCUGUUUGCCCCAGAUCCACAGAUCAAAAGGGGGUCCCAAAGCAAGGACGGUAAAAAAUAGUUGGUUAGCGUCCUUAGCUUUUGCCAAAAAGUGAGCGGACGGGCGCUUUUUUUUUUAAUUUUUACUAAUUUUUAAUGCCUUGGUUUUAGGUCCGAAACUGGAUUUUCUUGCGCAGUACAAAUACCUUUUUAUAUAUUUCAAAAUAUGAUUCAUACCGUCAUUUUCGCACGCAAUUUUGGAAUUUAUUAACACAAUUGACUACAGUCAACAGAAAUACUACGUAUAUUAGAGCCCGUUGACCCAUAAAAGUUGGGUUUUUUUUAAUAAAAAAUUAAAAAAAAAUCCUGAGCGGGGCCUUUUUGUGGGCGGGCGAGGACGCUAACCAACUAUUUUUUUUUAUAUGGCCUAAUGCAAAAUUUCAUUGUGUUUGCAGACAAAGCGGAUUGGUUAGGUUUAGAUGAUAAAACGGAUUCAGGAAACUCUGGCAAAGCUGGAGUCGACAAAGAUGAAGAUCUCUCUCCACAAACCUCGUUACAAGGUAGCGUGCUCACGUUUUACCGUGCUCACGUUGUCGCUUGUACAACGCAACGUGGCUCUUACUGGAUCUCUAGAGAGAACAGUUUCGAACCGAUAUAACUAUCCAGUAUAAAUAAAGUUAGUUUAGUUCAGGGUUCCUCUUGUUACUGGAUCUCUAGAGAUAACAGUUUCGAACUGAUAUCUAAUGGUUUAUUAAGUAUAAAUAAAGUUGGUUGGAUUUCCUCUUGUAUUAACACUGAAUAAAAUACGAGAUGCUCUUACUGGAUCUCUAGGGAGAACAGUUUAGAACUGAUAGAACUAUCCAGUAUAAAUUAAGUUACUUUUUUCUUGGGUCUAUCUGGGACAAGAUCUAACAUAAUAAAAGCAGGGUUUUAAAAUCUAAUGGUUUAUCAAGUAUAAAUAAAGUUGGUUGGAUUUCCUCUUGUAUUAACACUGGAUAAAAUACGAGAUGAUAAUAUUUUGAAACGAGUGUUGAAUUUCCACCAUUUCUUUUCAGGUUCCAAGUCAAGCAUGUCUGGUGAUUGGUUAGGACUGGGUGAUGACGUCACAGAUGAUCAGUUGAACGCCAGUCUGACGCCAGUCAAGAGUCCUGAGUCUGACCAGGGCACAGUUCUUCCCGAAAAGAAGCAAGAUGACGAACUAUCAAAGAUGUUAGAUCUUGUGCCAAAUGGAGCCAAGAAUAAAUCGGAUAGCGUUGACAAGUAUGUAUUUAACAUCUAAACUAGACAAACUCUGUUAGUUCUAAACUACCUAGAGAUUCAGUAGAAGUCAUUUCGUAUUGAUCCAAUGUUACAGGAGCCAGGAGGAAACCUAAACUAAGCUAACUUCAUUUAUACUGGAUAGCUCAAUUCUAAACUGUUCUCUUUAGAGAUCCAGUAACAGUCAUCUCUUAUUGAUCCAGUGUUACUACAAAAUAAAACCUAAACUAAGCUAACUUGAUUGAUAUUGGAUAGCUCAAUGCGAAACUGUUCUCUAUCGAGAUCCAGUAACAGUUACCUCUUAUUGAUCUAGUGUUACUACAGGAGGAAACCUAAACUGAACUAACUUUAUUUAUAUUGGAUAGCUCUAUCAGUUCUAAAUUGUUCUACCUAGAGAUCCAGUAAAAGCCAUUUCAUAUUGAUCUAGUGUUACUACAAGAGCAAACCUAAACUUAGCUAACUUGAUUUAUGUAUACUGGAUAGCUUUAUCAUUUAUGGACUGUUCUCUCUAGAGCUCCAUCGUAUGAUUCAGACUGUUACUGCAAGAGGAAACCUAAACGAAAAUAACUUUAUUUACACUGGAUAGCUCUAUCGGUUCUAGACUGUUCUCAGUAAAGGUCCAGUAAGGACCGUCUCUCAUUGGUUCAGUACAUACUACUACAGGAGGAAAGGAGAGUACUCAGAGAAACCUGUUAUGUUAACAAGGUUGAGUCAAACUGGAAGCACUCUCCUCAAAUGUGACUGUGGUAUAAUCAAGCAACUGCAUAUUGCAGGAAUCAAACCCUGGUCACAGAGCUGGAAGGUGCAUGCUGUAAUUACUGUGCCACCAUCACACAACAGAAUCCUGUAACCCUGUAAUGUACUAUUUUUCCAGAUCAUUGUUCCCGUGGGAAGGAGGCAAGGCUCCUGGCAGACGUCGACGGCGUGGAACAGCUUCUUCUGCCACACAAGAUGGUCCAGACGUGCUUCGGAAUGAAACAGAAUCUGAGAAAAGGUAUGGUCGGAAAGAGGAAUAAUGGUAUUAGUCAAAGUAGUUCAGACACAAAGCACGACAGCUUAUUGUCGAAUACUACCUACAAUGGACCACCACGUUUGAGAUAACUUUUUCAGGUAGUUCAGACACAAACCACGACAGCUUAUUGUAGAAUACUAUCCGCACUGGAUCACCACGUUUGAGAUAUUUUUUCAUGUAGUUCAGAGACAAACCACGGCAGCUUAUUGUAGAAUACUACCCACACUGGACCACUAAACGUUUGAGAUAUGUUUUUCCAUUAGUUGAGGCACAAACCACGGCAGCUUAUUGUAGAAUACUACUCUCUCGAGCCUCCCAAGUUUCAGAUAUCAUGUUUGUACUGUAUCAUACGGCCAUCCUAACAUACCUUAAUUAGAACUUCAUGCAAUUAUUUUUGUUUCUUGCAGAACAUCCGAGGUGCCUGAAACCAAAGUCCAAACUAAAUCAACUCCUCAGAGAGCUAGCCCAGUGGAAACCUCCACUCCAAUCCAAAAUCAGACUCCAGGCAAAGAGUUCGGUCCUUCUGUUGUACCGUCGUUUCCAGGACCGCAACAGCCAGGCCGAGUGUCAGCCCCAGUCUCCUCGGAUAGAACUCCAUUCUACGGGAGUGAUGUAGGCCAUGUGACGCCUCACCAAGCUGGGUUUAAUGCGAGUCAGUAUCGCUCAGAAUUAAAUAAACAGAACUAUGAAGUUGAGCUGAAAGGAAUGAUAGGAAAAAUACAUGAUGUUGAAAAUGAGAAAUAUAAAGUGGAAAUGGACAUGGCCAAUAGACUGGCUGAAUUAGAAACAAAGGUGGGGUAUCUAAGUCUAAGCUAAACUAACUUUAUUUAAACUGGAUAGCUCUGUCGGCUGUUCUCCAUAGAGGUGAAGUAAGGAUCAUCUCUUGUAGGUCCAAUAUUACUACAGGAGGAAACCUGUUGUAAACUAAACUAACUUUAUUUAUACUGGAUAGCUCUAUAAGUUGUAAACUGCUCUCCAUAGAAGUCCAGUAACGAUAUCUAUUGUAGGUCCAAUGUUACUGCAGGAGGAAACCUAAGCUAACUUUGUUUAUACUGGAUUGCUUUAUAUCAGCUGUGAACUGUUUUCCAUAGAGGUCCAGUAAGGAUCAUCUCUUAUUAAUCCAAUGUUACUACAGGAGGAAACCUAAACUAAGCUAACUUUAUUUAUACUACUGGAUAGCUCUGUCACUUUAAAUUGUUUUCCAUGGAAGUCCAGUGAGGGCCGUUUUUUUUAUGCGAUCGCUCCUCCCAAUAUUGCACAGUUAGUGUAAAUUGAUCAAAACGACUUUUCCCAGUUCAGUGUGUGUUGUGAACCACCUCGAAAAAACUGUUGUUAUAGUUUACCAUGACACAAUCUGAAUAUUGAGUUGGGAGAGUGCGGACAUAAGAAGCACAACAGGACUUUACAAGGAAUUUAUCAUAAGGAAUAUUCGAAUUUUGUAUAGAGGGAAAAACAGUCUCGACCAGGUACUGUAUGUCCAAGAUUGUAGGACUGAUUCCGGAUUAAAUAUAUUUAGAUCCGACGUCUCGAAGUUGAGAACGACAGUCUGAAACAGAGCUUAGAAUUGAGCAAGGAGCGCAGUAAGGAGGAUAUUGCCGCCAUUGAAAAUUCACAUAG